GAUGCCAACUCUCUGGCCCGCAAUUGCGGCAAUCUUGUUGCUUGUCUGCUCUUGUUGCGUGAUGACAGUGGCAUGGUACCUCCAUCUCAAAUACUCGAGCACAUGGCCGAUGUGGAAGGCAAUCUUGAUCUCAUGGCUGAUUGCGGGAGGCGAGUACUGUCUUCAAGUUCCAGCGAACAGGAUAGGUCACACACAAGCUCAAAUGCCCGCUGCAACUCUUCGAGCCAUUGCGGAAUUUUGUAUCCUCGUCUCCUUCCUCGUGUUUCAGCAGUUCGUCCUCUGCGAGCCCAUCAGGUGGAACCACCUCCUAGGCUUCGCCAUUGUGUUUGUCGGGGUCUUAGUGGUCCUGGGAGGUCCCUUCCCUCAGCCAGUUUUGACGACGUGCGAAGUCACGCAGACUGCCGAUGCUCUCAGGCAUCACAAGCUUGAGGAAGUAUCAUAAGAACCUACUUGUGGAGAAUUUGCUUGGGUUUGAACAUCAAGGUUUGACUUUCAAUAAAUGCGAAAAAGAAA